AUCUGUUUCUUCUCUGGCUAGGUCUUACUCUGCUCAUCGGGACUCCCUGCCUGGUUUCGAGCUUGGACCUCGACAGCACAAGGAAAUGGAGCUCAGUGGCGUGUAAUGGAAAGCACAUGGACAGGUCCACGUCCCGGCAUUUAGGUGCUAAGAGAUGGUGCUUGUGGGGUUCAUCUCUGCCUGAGAAUCAGGUGCUCUAGGCGCAGAAAAGCCAACUCCGAUCCUGGGAUCGCUGCUUGAACAAGCCUUCUCUUCCAGCCAGUGCAGCCCAACAACCAAACCAGCCACUUUCUCUUAAUGAUGGGUAUUGGUAAAAACACUACAUCCAAAUCCAUGGAGGCUGGGAGUUCAACGGAAGGCAAAUAUGAAGACGAAGCGAAGCACCCCACUUUCUUCACCCUCCCGGUGGUGAUAAAUGGAGGUGCCACGUCCACUGGUGAACAGGACAAUGAAGACACAGAGCUCAUGGCGAUCUACACAACGGAAAAUGGCAUUGCAGAAAAGAGCUCUCUGGCCGAGACGUUGGAUAGCACUGGCAGUCUAGACCCCCAGAGAUCGGACAUGAUUUACACCAUAGAAGACGUCCCUCCCUGGUACCUGUGCAUAUUUCUGGGGCUGCAGCACUAUCUGACUUGCUUCAGCGGCACCAUCGCGGUGCCCUUUCUGCUGGCCGACGCCAUGUGUGUGGGGUACGACCAGUGGGCCACCAGCCAGCUCAUUGGGACCAUUUUCUUCUGUGUGGGAAUCACAACUCUGCUGCAGACAACGUUUGGGUGCAGGUUACCCCUGUUUCAGGCCAGUGCUUUUGCAUUUCUGGCCCCUGCUCGAGCCAUCCUGUCUUUAGAUAAAUGGAAAUGUAACACCACAGAUGUUUCGUUUGUCAACGGAACCACGGAACUGCUGCACACGGAGCACAUCUGGUACCCCCGCAUACGCGAGAUCCAAGGAGCCAUCAUCAUGUCCUCACUGAUAGAAGUGGUCAUCGGCUUCUUAGGCCUGCCCGGCGCUCUGCUGAAGUACAUCGGGCCCCUGACCAUUACGCCCACAGUGGCCCUCAUUGGCCUCUCUGGUUUCCAGGCGGCGGGAGAGAGAGCGGGGAAGCACUGGGGCAUCGCCAUGCUGACAAUUUUCCUUGUAUUGCUGUUUUCUCAAUAUGCCAGAAAUGUUAAAUUUCCCCUCCCAAUUUACAAGUCCAAGAAAGGAUGGACUGCGUACAAGUUACAGCUUUUCAAAAUGUUCCCUAUCAUCCUGGCCAUCCUUGUGUCCUGGCUGCUCUGCUUCAUUUUCACAGUGACAGAUGUCUUCCCUCCCGACAGCACCAAGUAUGGCUUCUACGCUCGAACAGACGCCCGGCAGGGCGUGCUUCUGGUGGCCCCGUGGUUUAAGGUUCCGUACCCCUUUCAGUGGGGCCUGCCCACCAUCUCUGCGGCUGGUGUCAUUGGCAUGCUCAGCGCUGUUGUCUCCAGUAUUAUCGAGUCUAUUGGGGACUACUACGCCUGCGCAAGGCUGUCCUGUGCCCCGCCGCCGCCCAUCCAUGCAAUAAACAGGGGGAUUUUCGUGGAGGGUCUCUCCUGUGUUCUCGAUGGCAUAUUUGGUACUGGGAAUGGCUCUACUUCAUCCAGUCCCAACAUUGGAGUUUUGGGAAUUACUAAGGUCGGCAGCCGCCGGGUGAUACAGUACGGGGCCGCCCUCAUGCUGGCCUUGGGCAUGAUCGGCAAGUUCAGCGCCCUCUUCGCCUCCCUUCCGGACCCUGUGCUUGGCGCCCUCUUCUGCACUCUCUUUGGAAUGAUCACAGCCGUUGGACUCUCUAACCUGCAGUUUAUUGAUUUAAACUCUUCCCGGAACCUCUUUGUGCUUGGAUUUUCCAUCUUCUUUGGGCUCGUCCUUCCAAGUUACCUCAGACAGAACCCUCUUGUCACAGGGAUAUCGGGCAUUGAUCAAGUGCUGAACGUUCUCCUCACAACGGCUAUGUUUGUAGGAGGCUGUGUGGCUUUUAUUUUGGAUAACACCAUCCCAGGUACUCCGGAGGAAAGAGGAAUCCGGAAAUGGAAGAAAGGCAUAGGCAAAGGGAGCAAGUCGCUUGAUGGCAUGGAGUCCUAUGAUUUGCCAUUCGGCAUGAACAUUAUUAAAAAAUACAAGUGCUUCAGCUACUUACCCAUCAGCCCAACCUUUGUGGGCUACACGUGGAAAGGCCUCGGGAAGAGCGCAAACAGCCGGAGUCCGGACAAGGACUUGCAGGCCACGGUAUAGCCGUAGCUUGCCCUGUGGCCUGGCCGCAGUGAGGCAUGAUCUGUAGUUUCUUGCUGAGUAACAAGCAGUGACAUAUAUGUUUGUGUAUCUGCAUUUACAUUCUGUACCCCAGAGCUAAGACAGAUUGCAAGUAGCUUUUUUUGUUGUGAGUGGUGAUCGUGUCUAAUAGUGUCUCACCUCUCUCCUUAUUUAAGCCCCAACCCCUUGCCCCUGAGAAUGU